UUUACCCUUACUAUUUAAUAUAAUUCCAUGUUUACCCUUCAUCUUCCCUCUAAAAUCCAACACAGAGAGAUUUCAACGCUAAAUAAAGAGAGAGAGAGUCUAAAAGCUCGUCGUCGUCUUCAAUGGUGAAUCUCAAACCAAUUGGAUAAAUAAAACAAAACAAAAAAAACUUCACAAAAAAAAAAAAAAGAUCCAAAUUACAACCAUGCCUUCGGAGUUAACACCAGAAGAACGAUCGGAACUAAAAAACUCAAUCGCCGAGUUCCACACAUACCAACUCGAUCCAGGAAGCUGUUCAUCACUCCACGCGCAACGAAUCCACGCGCCUCCGGAACUCGUCUGGUCAAUCGUACGACGAUUCGACAAACCACAAACAUACAAACACUUCAUCAAAUCCUGCUCCGUCGAACAAAACUUCGAGAUGCGCGUCGGAUGCACGCGCGACGUGAUCGUCAUCAGUGGAUUACCGGCGAACACAUCAACGGAAAGACUCGAUAUACUCGACGACGAACGGAGAGUUACCGGAUUCAGUAUCAUCGGAGGCGAACAUAGGCUGACGAAUUACAAAUCCGUUACGACGGUGCAUCGGUUCGAGAAAGAGAAUCGGAUCUGGACGGUGGUUUUGGAAUCUUACGUCGUUGAUAUGCCGGAAGGUAACUCGGAGGAUGAUACUCGUAUGUUUGCUGAUACGGUUGUGAAGCUUAAUUUGCAGAAACUCGCGACGGUUGCUGAAGCUAUGGCUCGUAACUCCGGUGACGGAAGUGGUUCUCAGGUGACGUGAAAAUGAAGAAAAAAAUAUGAUUUAAUUUCUUUUAUUAAAAACAAAAUCCAGAAAUGUUAUUUAUGUUGCUUCGUAUAAGAUUCUCUUCUUCUUUUGUCUGUUUUUGCUUUUUUAACCUCAUAUAGUCAUAUUUUUACCAUUUUCUUAUGAUGAGAAUGACGUGCAAGGUUAUUUUGGGCAUUUUAUGUUUGUGGAUAACUAUGAAUCUUUCCAUUUUCGUUAGGUAUAUUCCGGCGAGUAAGUCAAAAUUUUCGGCUAUGCAACAAACUCUCAUAAAAAGUUACAAAAAAACUUACUAUAAAGUUACCAAAGGUUUAUUUGACACAAAAAAAAAAAAAGUAAAUAACCAUUCGUGUAAGGUUUUACUUUUCUUUGAAUGUAAAAAAAAAGAAAGGUUUUCCUUUUCUUUUCCUUUUGUUAAAAAAACAUGGGGAUAAGAUUUUUUUCACGUGUUUUUUGCUGUUAUUGCUUUAAGUAUGGUAGAUUUAGUGUGUGAUUCGUAUGAAAU